AGGUAGACCGUCCGUUACGACUCGUGGGAUUGAUUUGGCGAACAAUUACUCAAUUUAUCAAAUGGUGCAGCUGACGGUCAUCUGUCCGCCAAACGGGCGGCUAUAUUUUUUACUGAUAUUGCAUUUGCCGUUCAUAAUGCUUCUCCAUAUACUGAAGAAUAUGGAGAGAACCAUGCUGGUACUGUCCGACUCUUUGUGUAACAUGAAGGAAAAAGCUACGCAUGUGAUGGAGCAGGUUGACAGACGCCAGUGCAAGUGCGGUAUGCCCGUUUCCAAACAAUGA